AUGAAGCCGGAGGAAGAAAGCCAGAACGAGGAACAACAGCAGCGAGUGCCCCAGCAAACUCGAGCCUGGAAUAACCGGCGGACAAUCACCGAUCAUUGUUUAAGGCAAAGAGGAGGGAAUACCGAGAGCACCUCUGGGUUUGUGCCUCUGCGAUCAGAACGUGAGCGCCGGCGAAUGGUCUCUCUCCUAACGUUUCUGCCGACGAUAAUGGUAUCAUUGCAACACACCCGGUCUGCCUCACAGUCAAGGGUGUUCGAGCAGGAAUAA